UGAUUUAUAUAUUGCAUAUUUAUCGAAUUCAAAUAUAUUUAAAAUAUGCCAAGAGAUAUACGAUCCUAUUUUCAAACAGCUAAAAUAAAUUCUAGCGUCGUUUCAACAAAGGCUGUUAAAAGACGUAUUAUUUCAUCUGAUGAGGAUGAUGAAAAACCAAAACCUUCAUUUAAACAAUCUAAGAAAACAAAAAUAUUGGGAAAGAAAGUUAUUGCAUCUGAUUCUGAAGAAGAUGUUAAGAUUGUUUCUCCUGCUGAUAUAUUUGGUAAAAAUCCAAUAAAGAGACAAGAAGCACCAAAAAUAUCUAAACAAUUACAAAAAAAGGAAGCUAGAAGUCAUCAUGAUGAUGAUUUUGAAAGAACAUUAUGUCAAUUAGAUACCUCUGAUAUUGAACAAAAAUAUUUAACAGAAACUAAAGUUAACAAAGAUUCUCAUAAAAAUAAUGACGAAAAUAAAGAAAAGAUUCCUGUUAUAGCCAUAGAUUCUGACAAAAAUAAUGAUGAAAAUGAAGAAAAAAUUCCUGUUAAGAGUAAAGAAAAUGUUAAAAAAAAAAAAACAUUUGAUAAAACAAAUCAAGAAAAAAAUAAUGAAAAAAUAUAUAAAUUAAAAUCAAAAAAACAUUCUAAUAAUUCUAAUAGUUCUAAAAGUUCAAGUGAAGACAUUGAACAUGAAAAUUCUGAACAUAAUAAAAUUCAACAUAAAAAGACAUCUUCUAAAAAAAUGGACACUUCUGAUAUAUAUGAAGAAAUAAUUGCAAAGAAAAAACAAAGUGCUACAAUGUAUCAACAAUAUCUUCAAAGAGGAGGAGCUAGAAACCCAGGCUCAAAGAAAAUUCCUGUUGGUGCUGAAUAUUGCUUAGCAGGAUUAAGUUUUGUAAUAACUGGAGUUUUAGAUUCUUUAGAAAGAGAGGAAGCUGAAGAACUUAUCAAACAAUAUGGUGGACGAAUUUUACAUCAAGUUACAAAGAAAACUGAUUAUAUUAUAGUAGGUGAUCAAGCUGGUCCAUCAAAAUUAUCAAAGGCUGAUAGUUUAAAUAUAAAGAAAAUAUCAGAAGAUGAUUUAUUAGAUCUGAUACGUACACGCCCUAUAGGUUGCAUUGAUGAUAUACAUCAAUCUCGUACAAAAUUAAAAGACAAAUUAAAGCAAAAAUCUGAAGAAUUAGAAGAAGAAUCACCAUCAAAGAAAAUAAAAGUUAUUGCGAAUGAACAAACAAAAAAUUUAACAGAAAUACACAAAGAAAUAAGCAAGAAAGAAAUAGAAACAUCAUUGAAAAUGUCACUACAAAAAGAAGAAUAUGAUACUAAAGAUAUAAAAAUAAAAUCUCCAAUUAAAAAGAAACAUACUGAAUUCAAAGGAUCACUCAUAGAAGACAAGAAAGAAAUUGAUGAUGCAAAAGAUAUAAAAACAAAUAUUUUACAAGAUAUAAAUAGUAAAAUAUCAACGCAGGCAUUGGUUGAAAAAUAUAAACCAAAAACUAUGAAACAGAUUUUGGGACAACAAGGAGAUAAAAGUAUUGCUAAGAAAUUGUAUGCUUGGUUAAUAAAUUGGCAUAAAAAUCAAUCUGGUCAAGUAAAACAUAUAAAACCUAAUCCAUGGGCAAAAAACAGUGAUGGAGCUUUCUUUAAAGCAGCUCUAUUAUCUGGUCCUCCUGGAAUUGGAAAAACGACAACUGUUCAAGUUAUUUGCAAUGAAUUAGGUUUUGAUCUUAUAGAAUUUAAUGCAUCAGAUACUAGAAGUAAAAAACUUCUAGAAGAAGAAGUAACAGAAUUAUUAUCUAAUACUACAUUAAAAAAUUAUUUUCAAGAUAAUAAAAGUAAACCAUCAUCAAAACAUGUUUUAUUAAUGGACGAAGUGGAUGGAAUGGCUGGUAAUGAAGAUCGUGGUGGUCUACAAGAAUUAAUUAAAUUGAUCAAAUUAACUGAUAUACCUAUUGUUUGUAUUUGUAAUGAUCGAAGCCAUUCCAAAAUGAGAACACUUGCUAAUUAUACAUUUGAUCUUCGAUUUUCAAAACCUAGAUUGGAACAAAUUAGGGCUGCAAUGAAAUCUAUAUGUUUCAAAGAAAACAUUAAUAUCACAAAUGAAGAUCUUGAUUUAUUAAUUGAAUCAACUAAUCAAGAUAUUCGGCAAAUUAUAAAUCAUUUAGCAUUAUUUGUUGGACAAAUUGGUUUUCAAGAGAAAUCUGGAAAAAAACAUAUAAAUAAAGAUCUGAAAUUGGGUUCUUGGGAUGUUGUAAAACAAGUAUUUUCUGCAGAGGAACAAAAACAUAUGAAUUUCAAUGAGAAAUGUGAUCUAUUUUUCCAUGAUUAUAAUAUAGCACCAUUAUUUGUACAAGAAAAUUAUUUACUGGUUAUACCUGAAACACCAAAAAAUAAAUUAUUAGAAAAAAUAGCUGAAAGUGCUGAGAGUUUAGCAUUGGGAGAUAUAAUUGAAAAUUGUAUAAGAAGUAAUAAUGCCUGGUCUCUUUUACCAAUACAAGCUUGUUAUUCUUCUGUUAUACCUGGGGCAGCAAUGUCUGGUCACAUUAGUGGUCAGAUUAAUUUUCCAGCUUGGCUUGGACGUAAUUCAAAAGCCAGUAAAUUUAAUCGUUUAAUGCAGGAAAUCACUUUACAUGCUCGUUUGACUACUAAUGCAAGUAAAGAUGCUAUAAAUCUGGAUUACAUUAAAUAUCUCAGAAAUACCAUUAUUAGACCUUUAACAGUUGAUGGUAUUGAAAAUAUAGCUAUUGCAAUAGAUGUUAUGAAUCAUUAUCACUUACUCAGAGAAGAUUUAGAUUCUUUAGUGGAAAUUUCUUUAUGGCCUGGUCAGCAAGAUCCAAUGCAAGUUAUAGAUAGUAAAGUGAAAGCUGCCUUUACAAGAGCAUAUAAUAAGAAUUCUGUAGUUCUUCCAUAUGUAGUGAAUAGUACAUCAAAAAAGAAAGCAGCAACAAAUGUACAAGAAGAAGGUUUAGAAGAGGAAGAAGAAGAAGUAGAUUCUGAUCAAAAUGAUAAUAUGGAUACAGAUAAAAUGAUUAAGACAAAAAAACCUGGCACAAGUAAAAAUACGGAAUCGAAAAGUGAAAAGAAAGGCAAAAAGAAUACUGAUAACAUUUCUAAACGCCGAAGAGGACGAGGAAAAGCAAAAUAAUGCAAAUAUUAUAAAAAAGGAAUGUGAUUUUUAUUUGAAAAAUUUAUUAUUUUGUAAUGUAUUUAUUUAUUAUU